CUACAUUUGAAUUAAAAUUAAACACUCAAAAGUUUUCGUCAUAUUAUUACAUUAUAACUGGACCAAAACGAGUUAAUAGUAAUUUGUUUAAAAUCGUACCAAGGUUAUAAUCAUAUAUUAUCGUCUUCCUUCACGAUGUCACAGGGGUGGCUUUGAUAAGAAUUGAGAGAACUGGGUUCUAAUUAACAGUACUGUUCCUAAAGUGGCGCUGGGCAACAGUAACAAAGCCUACACAGAACACGAGACGAGAUAACCUUAGCAGUUGAAGCUGAUGACACACAAAAAAAAAGAUACGUUGAUAUGCAAAGUAAAAUCCAAGAAAUUGUAUGUAUCGAAGAUGUAUUUAAAAUUGUUAGAAAUAAUAAAAAUGAAAACCUUUUUCAAAAAAACGAUGAUAUUGGUCACUACGUUGUGCAAACUCUACUUUCUUAUAAAAAUUGUGUCUUGCAACAUUGGAUUGAGAUGUGACAUGAUACCCGAGGGUGUAACUUCCCCUAAACAGAAAGAAAAUGACAAAUAUAAAAUUGAAAUAUCCUCAAAUCCGGAAUUUUACAUACCAGGAGAACAAUAUACAGUCCUUCUGAAAAGUUUUAGUAAAACAAACGCAAGUCAUCAUAAGUUUACACACUUUAUUUUGUCCAUCACGAAUGAAAAAUUUGAGAAAAACAUAGAAUCUGAGUCAUCAGUAGUAGGAUCAUUACAACUCUACGGCGAUACUUCGACGAAGUUCAGUGACAGCUGUCAAAAUGCCGUGGUUCAGACUGAUUCGCAGCCUAAGAAUGAGAUCCAGGUACUUUGGAUGGCACCCUCUAGAGUAAAUGGUUGUAUUAAAAUAAGAGCUACAGUUGUUGAGUCCGUAGAUAUAUGGUACAGCGAAGAUGGAGACCUAACUAAAACACUGUGUGCAGAAUCACCUGACAGUGAUGACAUUCAGCCAAAAAUCCUGAAGCAUUGCUGUACAUGCGAUGAAGCAAAGUAUGAAGUGAUUUUUGAAGGCUUGUGGUCUAGAAAUACACAUCCAAAAGAUUUUCCAUCAGAAGGACGAUUAACAAGGUUCAGCGACAUAAUUGGUGCCUCUCAUACCGUCAACUACACUUUUUGGAAUUACGGUGGUGUAGCUAGUGAAGGGUUACGUCAAUUAGCAGAGCUUGGAAAUACCAGGAUGCUAGAAAGUGAACUAAAAUCCAAAAGCGAUCACAUACGUACAAUCAUCAAAGCUAGAGGAGUGAGUUACCCAAAUAUAACUGGAAGAACCUUCGCUGUAUUUAGAGUAGACAAUCGUCAUCACUUAAUGUCCAUGGUGACUAUGAUUGAUCCAUCUCCAGAUUGGAUAGUUGGCGUCUCAGGAUUGGAGCUUUGUCUCAGAAACUGCACCUGGGUGGAAUCUAAAUUGCUUAAUUUGUACCCGUGGGAUGUUGGAACUGACGACGGAAUCACAUAUAUGUCUCCAGACCAACCUUCCUCCCCAAGACAACCGAUAAAAAGACUAAAAAUUAACUUCCCAAACGACCCAAGGUCUCCUUUCUACGACACCAGUGGACAACCCAUGAAGCCUUUAGCAAGAAUAACAAUAUCCCGCCAAAGAUUGUACGAGAAAAUUUGCGAUUCGGCAACCAUGGAUGAUGUGGACGACAACUCAAAUACCUGCGAAACAGAACCGUGGUCAGAAUGGUCGCUUUGUUCAGCAACCUGCGGUAGAGGAGUCAAAUACAAGCAAAGAAAAUACAAGAACGAAGAGUCCAAAUAUAACUGCCACAGGAAACUUACAGAAAGGGCGAGCUGCGAGGCUGUACAGAAAUAUUGCAGGAUAGCUCCGGUGAGAGAGGUUGUAGAUCCAAUGUGCGAAUUGGGGCCUUGGUCAGAGUGGUCUGGAUGCAGUGUCACCUGCGGUAAAGGCGUAAGGACCAGGGAGAGGAAGUUCAAGAACAGGUUUGCUGCUAAGACUUGUAUGGCAGGAAAAGUUAGACCACCGAUUUUGCAGCAAAAUUUAGAAUGUGAUAGUGAUAUCAAAUGUGAAAGAAAACAAAAGGUAAGACCAAACUGCACUGAUAUUGUAUGGAGUGACUGGUCUCCAUGCUCGGCUACUUGUGGUAAAGGAUUUAAAGAAAGGUACAGGUUUCCUUCCAGGACAGAGGCGAAUUCACAGUUCUAUCCAUUUUCUGAGUAUUACAAGAAAAAGUUAUCAGAACCGAAGAAAAACUCCAAGGAUUAUUGCUUGAAUGUGCUAAGAGAGUCUGUUGAAUGUUUGGAAAAAGCUUGUCAAGAGGAAGCAAGGCAAUAUAAUGAGAUACAUUGUGGUUUGCCCAAAGACAUAGGGGGUUGCAAAAGCAACGUAGACCGAUGGUAUUUUGACAUAGUUAAAGGAGAAUGUAGUAUAUUCAACUACAGCGGAUGUGGAGGAAAUAUGAACAAUUUUAAUACUUUAGAACAAUGUCAGACCUUAUGCACUAAAUUUCAAAAGGAAAUGAUGACAGCUUCUGAGAUAAGAAAAAAGGAACUAGGAGUGUCGGUAUCUGGUGUUUUGACAUACAAUAUUCAUCACAAACCAGGUGAAAAAGCAUGUGGACAUACAUAGAACUAGGAUAGAAGAAACAAUACAAGUUAUGGAGAUUUAUAAUGUAGAAGUUUUUUUUACCAAUAUCUAGAUAGAUAUUUAAAGAUAUUAAUUAAUUAAUUAAUUAUAGUAUUUAAUAAUAAACAGUAAUUAAU